UUUUCCAUUUCACAAAGUGUUCUAGAAUUUUACCGGUGGUCUUUUGUGACACUGCCACCAGGUGGAAUGGUGUGCAGAAGACAAAGGCAUGUCAGUGUCCCAUUUCUCAUUUCAUCGGCUAUGAGCUCCAAGGAAGAUCCAUCAUUUCACUGCCAUCAGCAAAGGACGCCAUUACCCGUGGUGCCAAGACACCUAACCAAAGGCUGGCCUCAAGAUUAUGCUAAUUAACUCCAGGUCCCGGGUCUCCUGUUGCCUGGUGACACAGUUUCACAGUUGAGGAGGAGGAACUGGCAUGAACAGGGGUGGCAAGAAGCUCACACGUGGGGGUGCUGGGGGACUAGCACAGCUGAGGGACAACAGAUUCCCAUCUCCAUCACCACCUGCUUGGGGGCACAUGCCUAUUAGAGCAUAUCUUCUAGCAGUUUCUUGUGACUUUUCCCUCAAACCGAUCACCAACCAAUCAGAACAACACACUCCAAACAUACACCCUUACUAAAAGAACAUGGCCAAGGGCGGGAAAGGCACCAAGGGCAAGAAGAUUACCCUUAAUGUGGCCAAGAAUUGUGUCAAAAUUACAUUUGAUGGGAAAAAACGCCUUGACUUGAGCAAGAUGGGAAUUACCACCUUCCCCAAGUGUAUCCUGAGACUGAAUGAUGUGGAUGAGCUCGACCUUAGCCGGAAUAUGAUCAGAAAGAUCCCUGACUCAAUCUCCAAGUUCCAGAACCUGCGGUGGCUGGACCUGCACAGCAACUACAUCGACAAGCUCCCUGAGUCCAUCGGCCAGAUGGCUUCUCUGCUCUACCUCAAUGUCAGCAACAACAGGCUGACCACCAAUGGGCUGCCUGUAGAACUCAAUCAGCUCAAGAAUAUCCGCACUGUGAACUUGGGUUUGAACCAUCUGGAGAGUGUGCCCACCACGCUGGGUGCUCUGAAGGAGCUCCAUGAAGUGGGCCUACAUGACAACAUGCUGAGCACCAUCCCCAAAAGUAUCUCCAAACUCCCCAAGCUCAAAAAGCUCAACACAAAGCGAAAUCCCUUUCCCAAGACAGAGGAGUCAGAUGCAUUCAUAGAUUCCAUCAGGAGGCUGGAAAGCUUGCAUCUGGUGGAGGAGAAGGAUCUGUGUACGACUUGCCUGAGAAAAUGCCAACAGGCCCGGGACAAGCUGAACAAAAUCAAGACUAUGGCCGCAGCAACACCAAGAAGGGCCAUCUUUUCUAACCUGGUCUCACCCAACUCCAUGGCCAAGGAUUCACAGGAAGAUUGGAGGAUCCGAUCAACAUCUCCCUAGAAUAGCUUUAUGGCAAACCCUUGAAGACUAAUCAGCCAACAAGAACAAACGACUCUGAAGAAGAAAAGCCCUCGGUUAGGAGAAGAAAGAGUGGUAAGGGGAACAUUCUGGAAGCCAGGCUGUCUGGUGCUGGCCAAGAUACUGACUCGCUUCUUAAAUUCACUUUGCCUCUCUUUGAUUUAGACCAUCUGUGUAUGAAAAUGACUUUGGGAAAUACUUAGUGUAUUUUUUUAUGCAUAUAGAGGAAAUGUUUAAAAAAUGAUAGAUAUAAAUUAUAGAAAAUUAAAGUUUUAAAAGAAGACUUUAAGACUUAAAAGACUUAUGGUCUCUACACUUCUUUUGAACUAGUAAAACUCUCUAUGCUAAUCGCCUGUGGUAAGUUAUGUACUUAUAAUGCAAUACAUCUGAAACUAAAAUUUACACAAAAGAUUCACACAAAGAAAUAUAUUUAAAAAUAUGAUAGAUAAAUAAAAGUAGAUUUUAAUCAUUCAGUAAUGCACAGGUAGGCAAAGAAGGAAAGAAAGAAAGAAAGAAAGAAAGAAAGAAAGAAAGAAAGAAAGAAAGAAAGAAAGAAAGAAAGAAAGAAAGAACAGGAAAGAACAGAAAUGAACAGGGGAAAAGUAAACAAGGAAACAAAAUAUAAAACAGCAGAUUUAUGUCCUCACAUUUCAAUAAUUAUAUUAAAUGUAACUAGUCUUCUUUAUUUGCCAUGGCCCCAAACUAGAAACAACCAAAUUUCUCUCAACAGGCAAAUGGUUAAACAAACCCUGCUAUAUCCAUAUCAUGGAUACUACUGAGUGAUAAAAGGGAACAUAUUAUUGAUACAUGCAACGAUGUGGAUGGAUCUCAAUAGCAUUAUUCUGGGUGAAAAAGGCCAGUUUCUGUGGGUCACAUACUCGAUGAUGCCAUUUUUAGAUCAUUCUCUAAAGAACAAAAUGAUUGAGGUGACAGAUCAGUGGUUGCCAGGCGUUAAUGCUGAUGAGGGGUGGUACAGGGUGGGCAGGACCAUAAAAUGUAGCUCAAGAGAUAGCUCUGUGGCGAUGAAAACAAUUGAUUAUGAUGAAAGUGGUAGUGGUUAUACGAAUCCACACAUACGAUAAAACGACACAGAACUAUGCACACAUAUUGUACCAAUGUCAAUUUCCUGGUAUCGAAAUUGUACUAGAGUUGCAUAAGAUGUAACAACCAUCAGGGGAAAUUAAGAGAAAGCUGUACCGGGACUCUAUGUACUAUUUUUGCAACUUCCUGUGAAUCUAUAGUUAUUUUAAAAUAAAAAAAAAUUUUUUUAAACAAUCUUGCAGCCCAGAUGCAGCAAUAAACAGAUCCUUGUACAUCAGCCAAGUGCUAAUUUAUGAGUAAAUGUGACAAGCUUAAUGUUCUGCAACCAUCCCAAAGAGCUAAGGCAUUUCAGGAGAAAGAGCACCUUAACCUCAGUUCACCAGAUAAUCUAAAAUGAUCCACUGUUGAUUUUAUGCUUAAAGAUGCUACAAAUAAUAAAAAGAAAACGUGUGCCUUCUCUA